CUACUGGUGCAGCAGCGACGGCCGUUACCCCCAAGAGUACCCCAGCCGCGGCUAUUCCACCCUUCGCUCGUAAACGCAAAAAAGCACUAAACCGCUGUCCCGCCGGGCCCACGAGCCACGUGACCAGCUGGGUCAUGUGACUCCAGAGCCGGGCGGCUGAAGUCUGUUACCCUGGCAACUCCUGGGCCCCCGCAGACCUUCUGGGAAAGCGCGGAAUUCAGAAGCGAAAUGUUUCCAGUGUUGUAAAUAUUUUGGAAUGUUUACUUUGGGAAGCAAAAAUUAUGAUUGAUUAUGGCUCACUAUUCCAAAGAAGAGCUGGAUGAAGAGUUUGAACAGUUCAUGAAAGAGCUUUCAGAUGAUUCUUUUGAAAAUUCAAGCAAAACACCUAGACAACCUGAAAAAGAAGUGAAGAAGAAAGAUACAGUGCCAUGGUGGAUAACUGAAGAUGAUUUUGGAGAUGGUGGACUGCUUGGAACAAAUGUAAGCUAUUUGAAAACAAAGAGGACUUCUCAUCCUGUUAUGGAUGUGGAAGAGGAGUCUGCUGAAAGGAUUCAAUUUCUUAAGAGCAGUGGAACCUCUAUCUUAAGUAUUGACAGCUUAGAAACAAAUGAGAUGGUCGUUUCGGAGCUCGAUCAUGGUGUUCUGGGAUUGGGAUUAGACACGUUAGAAGAACAAGAGGAAAAAGAGCAGUUCUUUGCCAGGCUUGAGAAAGGCUUAACAUCUUCCAUUGAUUAUUCAAGAUUAAAUAAGGAGUUGGAUUCUAAUGACUCCAUACAUUUUAAAGCUUUAAACAGUAAUCAAGCUGAUAUAGAACUAACUGAAGAUAAACAUGAGAAUGAAUCGAAACAUGAACUGGCAGAAAAUUACAGUGAUGAUUUUGAAGAUGAGGAUAUUGAUGCACCUUUGACUACUAAAGAUGAAGAGACUAAUUCCAAAGAAAAUCCCGAAUCAGAAGAAAUAAAUGCACCCAAACAGGAAGAAGAGAAAACUGGCAUGCUGGCUAAUGUGGUGCUGCUUGAUUCAUUGGACUCUGUUGCAGAGGUCAACCUUGAUGAGCAGGAUGGAGCAACAGCUAAGCCAAAGCCAGAAAUGACUGAUAAUGAAAUGACGGGAACAGGUAUUUCUUAUGGACAAAGCAAUAGUGACGUUGAAGCUCUACAUCAGGCUUAUCGUCAUAUAGCCCAUUCUUUGGGAGAUGCAGAUGAACAAAGAAUUGAGAGGAAUGCAGUAGAAAAUAUCAAGAGCUCAGUGAAAGAUCGUCCUCAAGAAAAUGAAGAGUCCUCUAAAAACAUCUCUACCACGGAAUCUGAUCUGCCCACAGUAGAGGAGCUGAUGAAACCUAUCAGAAUAGAUUCCUUUGGGGUCGGUGGUUUUGAUUUACAACCUGUCAGCUAUAAGAAACUGGCUGAUAGUAAAGACACUAAAUUUGUAAGCUCUUUACCCAUUAAGAUGAACCCAAAUGUUAUGUCUCAAGAGUCACGAAAUGUGAACCAGUUUUUUGAUAAAAAUGAAGAGAAUGUGAUUUUACAAAAGACAACAAAUGAAAGUAUAGAAAAUAGCUGUCCAAGAGUAAAUGCUACAGAAGAACAUGUAGAUAAAAUGUACCUUGAUAUUUUAAAGAAAAAAAUAUCUGUUGGUCCUUCAUUAUUACCUCAGGAUGACAAAAUAAAUAAAAUUUUUAAACCUCAACUCGGUUCUGGAGAUGAAGGAGCUGUGAUUGGUAAACAGGUGUCGUACAAGAAGGCCAAAAGUGCACCUCCUUUACUUAAAAGAAAAUCCCAGAGUGGAUUAUAUGCAUCAGUUAGGAGCUCAGGCUAUGGCAAAUCCUGUUCACCAUUCAAGACAUUUUCUACUCUUGAAAAGAAAACUUCAAAGGACAUUAUGAAAAGCAAAAACUUGAGAUCAAUUCCCACCUCAAAUCAAGCGAGGAAAAAAGAAAUCUUAUCUGGAACAAAACUCAUCACACCUGCAGCUUUGGGUAAACCAGCUCCCAAAACUGAAAGUUGCCUGGCUACUCCUAAGAAAUCUGAAGAUCCUACAGAAACUGAUUCCUGUGUUCAGUUUCAGAAUGAUUCUUCAGGAUGUCAUGGUGGGAACAAGGAGAGAGAAUUAAUUAUGUUUCAAAGAGUUCAGGAAGCAGAGGAAAAAUGGAGGGGUGCACAAGCCCUAAUUGAGCAAAUUAAAGUCACGUUCUCAGAAAAAGAGAGAGAGUUGGAAAAUAAGAUGGAAGAACUAAAGAGACAACAGGAAAAGGAACUCUUCAGACUGAAUCAAGACAAUUAUAUUCUUCAAGCCAAGUUAAAUAGCUUUGAAGAAACAAACAAAAAACAAAGGUGGUUACAUUUUGGAGAAAUAACUGAUCCUGUCACUGAAGAAAAAUUGAAGCAAAUCCAAAAGGAAAUACAAGAACAAGAGACACUUCUUCAGGGAUAUCAACAGGAAAAUGAAAGAUUGUAUAAUCAAGUGAAAGAUCUCCAGGAACAAAACAAGAAAAAUGAGGAGCGAAUGUUCAAGGAAAACCAGAGUUUAUUCAGUGAGUUAGCUUCCUUAAAAGAACAAAUGCACAGAUGUCGUUUCCUGUCUCACGUAGUUGAAGAUCCAGAGCCUACCAGAAACCAGAAUUUCACAGAUCUCUUAGCAGAACUGCGUGUAGCACAGAAAGAAAAAAACAGUUUAUUGGAAGACAUCAAAAGACUGAAGCAAGACAAACAAGCUCUUGAAGUAGACUUGGAAAAAAUGAAGAGAGAGAGAGACCAAGCCAAAGAUCAGAUUGCUUAUGCCACAGGUGAAAAAUUAUAUGAAAUAAAAAUUUUAGAAGAAACACAUAAGCAAGAAAUAAGUCGUCUACAAAAAAGAUUACAGUGGUAUGCUGAAAAUCAGGAACUUCUAGAUAAAGACGCAGUGCGGCUUAAAGAAGCAAAUGAAGAAAUUGAGAAGCUCAAACUUGAGGUUGAGAAACUGAGAGCUGAAUCUGCAAAUCCGUCUAUUCAGCAGAAGAUACGUUCAAAAGAUAAAGCAGCUGAUGCCAAAAAAAUUCAGGAUCUAGAACGACAAGUUAAGGAAAUGGAAGGAAUUCUAAAGAGAAGAUAUCCCAAUUCUUUACCUGCUUUAAUAUUGGCUGCAUCGGCAGCUGGUGAUACAGUGGAUAGAAAUACAGUGGAAUUUAUGGAAAAAAGAAUAAAAAAACUAGAAGCUGAUCUGGAGGGCAAAGAUGAAGAAGCAAAGAAAAGCCUUCGCACCAUGGAACAGCAGUUUCAGAAAAUGAAGAUUCAGUAUGAACAAAGACUAGAGGAACAGGAGCAGCUGCUUGCCCACAAAUUGAAGGAAGCAUCCCAGAACCAACAUGACAGCUCCUCCAGGGUUAAAGCACUGGAGAAGGAACUCGACGACAUUAAGGAAGCCCAUCAACUCACUAUAAGAAAGCUUGGAGCUGAAAUAGACAUUCUGAAACAUCGGAAUGCUGAAUUAGAACUCAAGAAAAAUGACAAAGAUGAUAAAGAUUUCCAGUCUAUAGAAUUCCAGGUGGAACAGGCUCAUGCUAAAGCUAAACUGGUAAGACUCAAUGAGGAGCUGGCUGCAAAGGGGAGAGAGAUACAAGACCUUUCGAAGACUGUGGAGAGGCUUCAGAAGGAGAGAAGAAUGAUGCUGUCUCACCAGAACUCUAAGGGUAGAGAGGAAGUGACUGCAAAAAGGGUGAAGAAAGAUGUUCUGCACCCAGGUAAAAGAAAUAUUGCCCCUUUCUCUGGAACCCUGGAUGGCAAGCCUUACCAACCACAUACAUUUACUGAUUCCCGUAUUUCAGAGGUUUUACAAGAAAACUGCAGAUUGAAAAGUGAACUGGAGAGAUUAACUGUGGAGAGGAAUGAACUGAAGAUGAAAUCUGAAGUAGCAAUGAACCAAUUUGAAAAUUCUAUGAAAAGGGUCAAGGAAGACACUGCAGCACACAUCACAUCUCUCAAAGCAUCUCAUCAGAGAGAAAUAGAGAAACUCCUCUGCCAAAAUGCAGUAGAAAAUUCUUCUUCCAAAGUAGCUGAACUGAAUCGUAAAAUAGCAACUCAAGAGGUACUUAUAAAACAUUUCCAAAAUCAAGUUAAUGAGCUGCAGAGUAAACAAGAGUCUCUUGUAGUUUCUCAAGUUCGAGAAGAAAUCCUACAGAAAGAGAUCACAAAACUCUUAGAAGAAUUGAGAGAAGCCAAAGAAAACCAUACACCAGAGAUGAAACAUUUCAUGGGCUUAGAAAAGAAAAUUAAACAGAUGGAAAUGAGACAUGAGCAAAGAGAGCAGGAACUUCAACAGAUAAUACAGCAAACACGCCAAGUAGUAGAAACUGAGCAAAACAAAGAAAUUGAGAAAUGGAAAAGACUCGCACAGUUGAAGAAUCGCGAGCUGGACAAGUUCCGCACAGAGUUAGACUCGAUAUUAGAUGUUCUCCGAGAGCUGCACCGGCGGGGGGUGGUCGUGCCCGUUGCUCUUGCAGAUGAAGUGCACGCACCAGAGCAUUACUAGAAACUCGGAUUUCAUCUGACCUCACCAAAAGGCCUGACGGUGGAUGGGAUUGGGCCGCUGUCAGAGGAAGCUUUUGAAAACAAGUGUUCCAGUAUGCUGCCAGAAAGCAGACAACACAAAAGACACAUUUCAAAAUAAAUUGCCCUUAACCAAUACAGAAAAAAAGUCAUUAUGGUGCAUCUGACUGAAAAUCAUUAGCCAGUCACAUUUUAAGUAAUUUAUGGACAGGUUCCUUUAUGUCAGAUGAUUCUAGAACUAGUGAGAUUUAUUGUAAAAGGUCUCAUUUAUAUGCUAGAUACAGAAAGAAAAGAAAAUUCCACAUACUCUGCCAUUAUUGACGAAGUGUUCAUUCUUAAUUCUUGGUGCCAGAAAAACAGCUGCUCUUUCUCACAGAAACACAGAGGAAUGUGAGCACAGUGGCCUGGACAGCCACCUGAGUCCUAGAGCUUCCACCAGAGUUUAGCCGGGAAUUGUAACUUCUGUACAAGUAGAUAUUGAACUCUCUCGUGUUCUCCCCGAUUUCCACUCCUACCUCUAGCUGCUUCAUUUCUGCACCUGAUAUAAGGUACAAAAUACAUUUCAUAAGUAAUAGGGGAAUUUGAUUUAUUCAUUGUCUUAAUCUAAUAACAUUCUUACUUUCUCUGUUUAAAAAGUGUAGUAUAUGUUCAUUAGAAAAAAUUCAAAGCAUGCAUAAAAGUAGCCAGAUUGUUAUUUUAUUUUACAAUUCCCAUUUCCAAAAGCAGAUGAUGAGUGUAUAAGACACUUCUAAGUUGAAGCUAUAGCCAUUUUGUUUUCAAAUGUUCUAGCCUAGUGCUGUCCAAUAAUAAUAUAGUGUGAGCGACAUGUAAUUUUUAAUUUUCUAGUAGCCACAUUUAAAAAGAUAAAAAGGAGAUGAAAUUAAUUUUGGUACUUUAUGUAAUCUAAUGUAUCUAAAAUAUAAAGAUUGAGUUUUUACAUUCUUUUUUUCAUACUAAGCCCUCAAAAUCUGAUGUAUUUUAUAUUUACAGCACAUCUCAAUUUGAACUAGCCACGUUCCAAGUGCUUAAUAACCAUACACCAGUAAGUGCAAUUCUAGAAUAGUAAUUGCAGAGUGAGUUUAUAAAGGACAGGUGAAAUAGAUCUUGGUGAAAUUAUGGGUAGCAAAUGUGAAAUGUGGAAAUUGUUAAAUAUAAGGAAUGCAAUUAAAGUCUUAACUUCCAACAUUUUUUAAUGUGCUUUUCCUAAGAGAGUAGAAAAAGCAUUAAUUAUAGUUUGCUAUGUUUUAUAUGAAAGAAUUUUAAAGUAUAAUGUAAACUAUUUUGG